GUGACUGUUUGUUGUGACUCCCGGGGACACACGUCAGGUCUCCCUGUAGUAACAAUAAGGAGUCGGUCGGGAUCCUCCACCAGCUGUCGGGGGUCUUGGGUUUCCUUGUGGAUCACAUUACAGAGGAGCACCUGUAGGAUGGCAUCUAGGAGCGCGGGCACCCUCAUCACCCACAACAAUGCCACCUACAUCCCACCUGCCAUCAUGCCUGGGUAUCGUGGUCACAUCCCCUCUGAUGUCUUCACUUAUGGUGACACCUAUGGAAACACUACUGCGCGCUGCUUUCAGGAUUUCCGCUCUGCGGCGCUCUGCACCAGUCAGAGUCCGUACCAUAAAGGGGGACAGUUUCCUACCAGUUUCUCCAAUGACCCCGCUCUGGUGAUAGGUAACCGCUCCCGAGGUUGGGACAGAUAUCUUCACAGUCCCACUUGGUCCAGAUACAAUGUGGAUUACGACCGCACACAAGGACUGAGCCAGUUUAUGAAGAGUGCGCAGCAGCAUCGGGAUCACUACAGGGACAAAACCGGCACCGUGCACCAGGUACCACACUUCAUCCUGCCCGUCAAGAAUGAGGAGACCUACCCACUACCCCAACAGGAGUUUUGACCAUCCUGGAUGCCAAUAAUAUGGGAAUCUGUGAAGUGGUAGAUGUACUGGGGUCCGCUGUGUAUCUACACUGAAUACAUUGGAUUACAGGCCGCUCUUAUGACUCCUCUUCCUUUAAUACAAUGGUGGUU